AUGGUUGCGCCAGGCGUUGUUUCAAAUGAGGCCGACGAUGCCACAACUCCUCCGGUGAGGGAGUUGUUGGCAUCGAUGUCGAUUGCGGGACACAAGGAUGCCAGUGCAGAGAUGCCAGCGCAUCGGUCCCAUGAUCCUGCCAAGAACGCCAAACGGACCGACCCCUUCCAGUUUGGAAGCCGCUUUCUGGGCGAGGAUGACAACGUCUUUGAGUUCAAUGCCUGGGACCACGUCGAGACUGACGAUGUAUACAAGGAGUAUGCUGAGCGUCAGUUUGAGAUGCAGCGCCAGGCUCCUGUUUCUGACUUUGAUAAGAGCAGGUUCAACGGCGAUCCAGCCAAGUGGUGGAAUCUAUUCUACAAGAAUAACGCCGCCAACUUUUUCAAAAAUCGCAAGUGGCUCCAACAAGAGUUUCCCGUUCUUGCUGAAGUAAUCAAGGAAGACGCUGGCCCCAAAGUAGUGCUUGAAAUCGGCGCUGGUGCUGGUAAUACAGCCUUCCCCGUACUCACCAACAACAAGAAUCCCAAACUAAAGAUCCAUGCGUGCGACUUCUCCAAGACGGCCGUAGAGGUUAUGCGCAACCACGAGGCCUAUGACACAAACUUCAUCCAAGCCGAUGUAUGGGAUGCAGCUGGAGACAGCCUCCCCCCUGACGUCGAAGAAGGAUCCGUAGACGUGGCCAUCAUGGUAUUUAUUUUCUCGGCCUUGUCGCCCAAGGAAUGGGCACAAGCUGUCCGGAACGUACAUAAAGCGCUAAAGCCUGGCGGCAUGGUCUGCUUCCGCGACUAUGGAAGAGGAGACCUUGCCCAGGUGCGCUUCCGCAAGGGGCGUUAUCUGGAAGAGAAUUUCUACAUUAGAGGUGACGGAACCCGCGUCUACUUCUUUGACCAGGACGAACUGGGUAGGAUCUGGACAGGCGAAGCCUUUGCCGACGACCCCGAGAAUCCUGACAUGCCCCAGUUUGAAAUAGAGAAACUAGGUGUCGAUAGACGCCUCCUGGUCAACAGAGCUGAAAAGCUCAAAAUGUACCGGUGCUGGCUGCAAGGUCGGUUUAAAAAGACACAUACAGCAUAG